ACCACGCGGACUUGGCAAUGCUGUCUCGACGUCGACGACUCGCGUACCGGUAAACUCAACACGAGAAGCAACACAGCGUAACUAUAAAGCUUAUUCGAGGAUGACGGGGCUAAUUGCCAGUGUUAUAGUGGUACUCAUCAGCCUGGGUAGAUGUUGGAGCAGUCGUAAUCACACAAUUCACCAUCUGCUACCAGCCACUGUAGAACUCAGCUCAUUGGAGAGAAGCACCAGAGGGACAGUCAACGAUGUGGUAUCCAGGAAUAUAACAAUGGUUCUGGAGAAUCUAUUGAUGAACUACGAGAACAGCCAACUGCCGACUCAUGGAAAAGGGAUUCCCACCGUCGUGAAGACAAAUAUUCUGAUACGCAGCAUGGGACCAGUUUCCGAGCUAGAUAUGGACUACUCGAUGGACUGCUACUUCCGUCAGUACUGGAGGGACUCACGUUUGAGCUUCUUGGGACCGAUAAAGUCCUUGAGUUUGAGUAUCAAGAUGCUCGAAAGGAUAUGGCGUCCUGACACGUACUUUUACAAUGGAAAGCACAGUUACGUUCACACUAUAACAGUGCCGAAUAAGCUGUUACGAAUAUCCCAGGACGGUGACAUUCUCUACUCCAUGAGAUUGACGAUAAAGGCCAAGUGUCCGAUGGAGCUGAGGAAUUUCCCGAUGGAUCGACAGUCCUGUCCUCUCAUACUCGGCAGUUAUGCCUACACCACAAGACAGUUGGUUUAUGAAUGGCAGGAGGGGCCCUCGGUGGAUUUCGUGCCUGGUAUGGCACUGUCACAGUUUGAUCUAAUGGGCUCACCCUACAGAAAUCUCACGUUUGUCAGACGUGAGGGGGAAUUCUCAGUGCUCCAAGUCUCGUUCAACUUGCAACGGAAUACUGGAUAUUUCCUGAUUCAAGUGUACGUACCCUGUGUUCUGAUUGUCGUGCUGAGCUGGGUGUCCUUCUGGAUUCAUCGGGAAGCAACGAGUGAUCGAGUUGGUCUCGGAAUAACAACCGUCCUGACGCUAUCGACAAUAAGUCUAGACUCAAGAACUGAUCUACCGAAAGUCCGUUACGCAACAGCUCUUGAUUGGUUUCUUCUCAUGAGCUUUUUCUACUGCAUCGCAACGCUCCUUGAAUUCGCUGGAGUUCACUAUUUCACCAAAGUGGGGAGUGGUGAGAUACCGCUUGAUCAGAGCGAGUGGGUGGAGUGGGACGACAAUGAGAGGAAUUACGGGGAUAACCUGGGGACAAUGACGUCCUACAGUCCCCAAGCGGUUCAUCCUGAGGAGAACACUGCAAGACGACGAGGAUCGAUGCUUUGUCCAAUCUACAACGAAACACCUGCCUUCGGUAUGGACACGGGAUAUUCAAUCUCCGCGGCGGUCACCUGUAAACCCUCGACGAUGGAGCGACAAACGCAGACGGAGUUGUGCCUGCCAAAGUGGCAGCAGUUCCUGUACUGUUUGGCAGGAGAUGACAAUUUCAGACGUCGCCGACAACGUGAAGCCAUAAGCGGCUGCAAAAGACACGGAGAACGCGUAGAAAGGCACAUAAAUAGUGUGUCGUACAUAGACAGAGUAGCGAGGGUUGUUUUUCCCGCAUCAUUUGGACUUUUGAAUGUUUUUUACUGGCUCGUCUAUGUCACUUAUCAGGAGGAAUUCAAGUGGCAGGACCCGCCACUGGGAUCAGUCUCACAUUAGAAUCGACAAAGCACCAGUAGUGCUCCCAAAUACUUGACCCAAUAUCCAUUUUAUCAUUAUUAUUUAUUUAUUAUUUCGAUAGUCCAACACUUAUUGACUAGAUCGUCGUGUUUAUAUUGUGAAUAGUAUCGGUCACGUCUCCUCUUCACGAAGCGAAAAUUUCAGUAAAAAUUACCGCACCAAACGGUGCGGUAAUUUCUACUGAGUCGCUCUCACCGGCUGUCAGUCGGUGAAAGUUUUGUGAUGUGCAGGAGGAGAAGAGAUUCAAUAAAAAUUACGAAAGUGUAGAACGAGUUAUAUAAUUAUUAAGGAACGUUCCUGUUUCAUUUUGAAUUUUGCUUCCGAUGUUCAGUCCGAUAAUUUCAUUACCGACAGUUGCUGUCUGGGGUCUCUGGGGUAUUUUCAGUUGUACUGCACAGGGUAAAGAAGGUUAUUGAACGAAGGGACGACAGGAGCCUAUAGUUCUUCAAUUAUUUAAACAAAUGUGCCGGACAAAUCGACGGACGUUUGUCUCCGGGACACGAUUAUGAUAAUCAAUGUACUUUUGUUCCAAAAAUUACUAGGAAAUUCAUUUGCAAUUGUCCGCUUUAUCAGUAGAGAUAAAACUAGUCGGUAUAACAGGUUCUCAGAAGUCAUGCGCGAUUCACUGCCUUUCAAACUUCUCCAGUUUGUAUUAUGCGAUCGCUUUUAUUAAUUUCGAUGAAAUUUUUAAUUUUCCAAUAGAAAGUUUUUCCUGUCGCCAAAUAAUUUUCUUUCGAUUUUCGUUUCCUUUUCUUUUGACGACUCGGUCCAUUAAUUUUGCAAAUCGUUACGAUACCAGUGAUAACGCUAUCAGUA